AUGGCAGUUCAGCUCUUGGCUUAUCAGGUGGCCGACCUCUGCCUUGGCAAGCCGCCGCUCAGCUACCUUCCCGCUUCCUCCGCCACUGUCGCCGACGCCCUCGCCGCCCUGAAAUCCACCGGAGAGAGCUCCAUCACCCUCUGGAGCUGCGAUCACGCCUCGCCGGAUAAAGAUUGCGUGUGCGUGGGAAAAAUCUGCACGGUGGACGUUAUCUGCCAUCUCAGCCGGGAGGAGAAUCUGGCCUCACCGGCGGCGGCUCUGCAGUCUCCGGCAACCGUUUUGGUGCCGAGAGUCGAGGGGCUCGUGAGGCACGUGGACCCUUCUUCCAGCUUACUAGAAGCCAUUGAUCUAAUCCUAGAGGGCGCCCAAAAUCUCGUGGUCCCCAUACGAACAAACCGCAAGCAAAGAAAGCAGCUCCAAAAGCCCUCACCUUCAACCCUAUCGACCAAUCACAACGGCCGAGAAUUCUGCUGGCUCACUCACGAGGACUUUGUCCGAUUCCUCCUCGGCCUCAUCGGCCUAUUCUCCCCAAUCCCUACCCUUCCCAUCGAAACCCUCGGCAUAAUCAGCCACAACUUCCCAUCCAUGAGCCACCACUCGCCCGCCAGCUCAGCACUCGAGGCCAUCCACCGAGCUUCCAUCGACCAGACCUCGGUUGCCUUGGUCGACGAGCUCGGUUCACUCACGGGCGAGAUUUCUCCUUUUACCCUGACAGCUGGCGACCUCAUGGGGCCGCCGGAGGAGUGGCUGAGAGAAAAGGGCCUCUUGACAGGUGGCAAUUGUUGUUGCUCGUCUGAUGAUGAGUUGGCAUCACCAACAACGCCCUUGGGCGGGAUGUGGGCCCGACGGGCUUGCUCGGCCCGGAUGAUGUGGCGGGACGAGGCUAGGGUUUGUGGGCCCGGGAGCUCGUUGGUGGCGGUGAUGAUACAAGCGAUUGCUCGUCGGGUGGGGUCGGUGUGGGUGGUGGAUGGGGAGGGGAGGGUGAUUGGGAUGGUGACUUUUGCUAGCAUGUUGGGGGUUUUUAGGGAUUGUUUGGAGUCUUUGGUUUGAUGGUUUGUUUGUUUGGUUUAGGGUUUUUGUAAAGAGGGUGAUUUUGGACAUUUGGUUGGUUCUUCUUCUUCUUCUCUUUCUUUUUUUUUUCUUUGUUUCUUUGUUUCUUGUUUUGCUAGAAUAAGUGUGGUGGGUGUGAGCUCAUCUCUUUGAAGUUUGUUUAGAGAUCAAUUGGAGGAACAUGUUCU